AAGGAACCGUCUGCAUGCAGCAGUUCGUGGAGCUGUCGAGUGUAGGAGAAAUCGCAGGUGACAGGCAUAAAGCAGUGUUGUUUGUGUGUGUGUUGUUCCACUCUUCACUGCAAAUCUACGUGGAGUGCCGUUUUCCAUCAUCACACACAUUCUGCAGCUAGCUCUGAGGCAGUACAGUGCAAGUGGUGUCAGUAGAAUAGAUUUUUCAUUUUCAUUUGCCCAAUAAUUUUCGUCAACCACAGGAUCCGGGCCUGCGUAUGUGGUACAUGGUGGGUGGGUGUGUGUGUGUGUGCGCGAACUAAAAUACUUGGCGCUGUAGCACCCGUGGCCGAGGCACGGGCCGUGUUGUCACUGCUGGCAUCUGCGCCUGGGAUCCUGCAACGUCGUCACAAUGGGUGCGGGCGAUUCGGCCCUGUUGCACGAGCUUCAGACGGCCGAGCCAUGUCCACCUCUGGAAGACGUGGCGAAUAGCAUCAACGCAGGCCGAACAGGGAGCAGCAGAGGUGCCAACAAGCUGCGCUCUCGCCUGGAGAAGCUUCGCCUGGCCGGUGGCAACAGUGGACAGACGAGUUCAUCCAGCGGUCGAACUGGCUCAGCACCCGUCAGUUCAGAGUCAUCACCCAGAACAGGUCGGUCGUUCAGCAUUGGCAAGAAAUUCAGCAUUUCACUGGGCAGAAAGCGUGGAAAUAGCAGUGCUCAACCGGGCAGUUUAAAUUUAACCCCCACAACAAGUCAAAUGUCACUAAACGCCAUGGCAAAUAGCACUGAGGGACCUCUGCAAUAUGACCUGGCUGGAGCCGACGGACGUACGAAUCGAGCUUUGGUUGCGCCGUGCCGAUUCAGGGCCGCCGAUCGUAACGUUGUCUUUUUCCCCGGCGACGUACAGGACACGGCAGAAGUGAUGGUGAAGGACGUGCGCCUGUCCAACUGGGUCAGCUACUCGUACGAGGCUGUUCUUGAGCGUCUGGAGGCCCGCUACCCGACCGCCAACAUCAUACUCAUCGUGCCGAGUCGGAAACAUUUAGGCGCCUACAGCUGUUACGAUAACUUCUUGGAAACAGACACUUUCGGUGCCCCUACUAGCAACUGGUCCGAUCUCAAGGCUAACCUGCAUCUGUUCGCACUCAUCGACAGUCUACAGACGCAAUCGUCACGUGCACCGACCGCCAAGGGCCGGCAUACUCCUCUUGGCCGUGUUGGCUCGGAGCCCAUGUCGAGCUCCGCCUCGUCUUCGCCGGUGCAGGAAAACGUCAUGCUGCCCGAAGUCUGCAGCUCCGUUCCCGCCGGCAACAGCCUGGCUUCGUCGUCUCCGCUGUCCUCGCCCAGGUCCUCUGCCCGUGGCUCGGCAUCCAACUCCGCCUCCAACCCGAAGAGCGGUAUCCUGGCGAGGGCGGCCUCAUCCUCGCUCGGCGAGGGCGACAAGAAGUUCCGCAACGUUCCCAGCUCAAUGUCGCUCUCCUCGGCCGGCUCUCGCUACGUCGCCGUGGAGUCCAUCGACGGCUCGCUGCCGGUGACGCUGGUCGGCUUCAGCAAGGGCUGCGUCGUGCUGAAUCGCCUGGUGGCCGAGAUGAACCAGGACUCGCGCUCGGGCCCCGGCGGUCACCUGUCGCUGCGCCAGCUGUGCCGUGAGGACAACGUGCGCGAGCUGUCCGGGCUGCAGGAGAGCACCACUUCCACCACCGGCGGGGUUCUAGAGUCGGUGACCGAGGCCGACCCCAUCGCUGCCUCGCCGUCACCCCCGGCAACGGGCGAGGCGAGCGGCGCGCCCCGUUGCCGUGACGCCGCGGACGACAGCGUGACGGAGAGCAGCUCCAACGCUUCGCUGGGCGGCGGCGGCAGCCUGAGGCAGUCGGUUGACUUGAAUCGCGGCGUGGUCAACUCCCAGGCGCUAACCACCAUCCUACAGCGCAAUCUCAGCCGACGCGGCACGAAGGCCGACGACUCUGCCGAUUCGUCAAAGAAGGACAGCGCCUGGCCUCGCUUCCCGUGGGACCGCGUCGAGUCGAUUGUGUGGCUCGACGGCGGUCAUUCCGGCAAGGUCGGUGCUUGGAUAACGGAGAAGACGGAAGUCAGGACACUGGUGACCACCGUGUCUAACGUACAGAUUCACACCACGCCGUACCAGGUCAACAACACACACGCGCCGUGGAAGCGGGACGAGUACCACCAGUUUCGACAUCUGCUCCACUCGGCCGGCCGCGCCAAGGCCUCCGUCAACGUGUUUGAUCACAGUACGCAGGAGGAGCCGUCGAUUAAGGUCCACUUUCGCGUGCUUGACGUCUUCUAAAAGCACCGCGCGACGACGGCCAUGCCACGUGUGUUAUUGUCGUGCCCAGCUGUGCGUUCACGUGUCACUUCUUCACACGUUUGCCGUCGAGUGUUACCGACCGAUGGCGUUCGUGUCGGUCAUUUCAGUCGCCUGGCCGGCGACAAGAAUGUACAUGUUUGCACUCUGGGCGUCGGCACUUUAAGGCUUGUGUGUUUGUUUGUUUGGGAUGUGUUGUGUAGUGUGUGUGUGUGUAUGUGUGUGUGUGUGUGUGUGGCACAGCGGCUGUGCGUUUUAAGUCCGUGAGCGGUGUUUCCGUGGCAGCCCCUCUUUCUUUCUUUUUCCUGCCCGGCCCAUGCGCUCUAUGACUGGCGUUGUGCAUUUUUUGAUCUUAUGUCAGCUGAUGUAUAGUGUGUGUGUGUGUGUCUCCCCACCACACCAUGGCUCUCUCUCUCUCUCUCUCUCUCUCUCUCUCUCUCUCUCUCUUUUCUCUCUCUUUCUCUCUCUCUGCCUCUUGCCCAUGGCCUCCGAUAGCCGUGAGCUCUGGCUGAGCCCUGAGAACUCAAAGCAGUGGACAUGUUUCAAAGUCCUGCACACUUUGUCGUCCUCUCUCUUCGGCUUGUCCACGAUCCCAGCCGCUAGCAUGUUUACGACCCUAUGAGAUUCACAGUAAACCUUUGAUCAGUAGGUUUUUAUCACCGCGCGUUCGUUUGUGGUGUGAUCUUUCAUCUCCAUUCCAGUAUAAUUAUAUACAUUAUAUAUAAAUAAAUGUUUCUUUCUUUCCGUCGAGUUUUAGUUGAGACCGUAGCAUCUUAGCUGGUUUUAUUCAGAUCGCCGGGACGGCAGUAUUAUCAUUUCCACUUCAUCUUGAGGAGGUUUUUGACUGAGUUUUGAGCAUUUCAGAAUAUUUCUAACCUAUGCAGACUUCACUGCUCACUUCCUCCUCUCUUCUUUUUUCUUCUUUUUCUUGAGUGUUUUUCGUGCACCGAAUUAAUAAAGCACACGCUCACCUGGCGUUUGGCCGGCACAGGAAAGUUUAUUUUCGAAUUUCGUACACUCACACCGACAUUUAUUGAGACUGAUGGGUUUCUCCGUCUGUUCAGUUCCUACUCAUUUUGCUAUAGGUUCUGUACGUUUUUUUGAUUUAUUUUCGGCCCCUUGAAGAGUAUAGCAGGCUUCAAGUGAAAGAGAGUAUAAUCAUAAUAUUAUUUAUUUAUC